AGUGCGGGGUGUGCGGUGCCGUGCGUUUCGAAAAGGUGCUCGGGAAUUUUCCGGACGAUUCAUGAAAUUGCGAAUAUCCAGCAGACUGACGAAUGGUGCUGAUGAAAAAUCCGUCCCCGACGCGCGGCCUGAGCCCCCAACGAGAUGGGCGGGCGAAGGGACGAAGAAGCGGAGGACGAGGCUCGCGAGGAAACAGUCCUGCCGAGCAAACUGGUUCUCGAGGAAGUAGUCCAGGAAAGAGCGGUGGCUCCGACACCAAGGGAAAGGGAAAAAACGCGCUGCUACACUCGCGGGGUAACGAGGUCGGUAGCAUCGAACGAUUAGUAGACGGCGAUAAACGGAUAAUUGCGACCAAGCACCUACUUCCAGAGAACAAUAUAAAUGUCGUCGUCAGGGUUCGUCCGCUCAGUAACAAGGAAACGAAAUCCGGCGAGGAAAUGGCGGUACAGUUUCCCGGCGAUGGACAAAUAUACUGCGACGCGCUUACAAGCAGCGGCGACAAGAAGCCGAAGGUAUUCUCGUACAACGUCGUUUUCGAGCCAAAUGCCACGCAGGAGGACAUCCUGCAGUACUCCGGAAUCAAGAACCUCAUCGAAAUGGCGGUGGAGGGCUUCAGCUGCACCGUGUUUUGUUACGGACAGACCGGAAGUGGCAAAACGCAUACCCUGACCGGACCUCCGAGACUCUUCGAAAAAGCGGAUCCGUACUCGGAGGAUCACGGUCUGGUCUUCCGUUCCUUCGUCUACCUAUUUAAAGUCCUUCAAGAACACGAGAAGUGCAACUUUGUGCUAAAGGCUUCCUCUCUGGAAAUCUAUAACGAGAAGGUGAUAGAUCUCUUGAAUCCCGGCACUUCGAGGAAACCCCUAGCAGUACGGUGGAGUAAGAAGACGCGCGGAUUCUUCGUCGAGAACCUCUUCACCGUAGAAUGUGAAGAACUGGACGAUCUUCUGGCGGUUCUCGAAGAAGGAAUGAGAAAUAGAUCGAUCGGUACGCACAACAUGAACGAGUAUUCCAGCAGAAGCCAUUCGAUUUUGACUGUAAAUAUAACUUCGGAGCAAGCGAUGGAGAACGGCGUGUUUAUCUCGAAACAGGGCAAAAUUAAUUUCGUGGACCUCGCGGGGAGCGAAAUGACGAAGAAAACGCUGAGCGAGGGCAAGACCUUGGAAGAGGCAAACAAUAUUAACAAAAGCCUCAUGGUGUUAGGAUACUGCAUCUCUUCCUUGAGCGACGGGAAGAAGAAAAGUGGCCACAUCCCUUAUCGGGACAGUAAACUGACUAAGCUUUUGGCCGACAGUCUCGCCGGAAACGGCGUCACGUUAAUGAUCGCCUGCAUUUCGCCGGCUCGUUCAAACGCCACCGAGUCGUUAAACACCUUGAGAUACGCCGCGAGAGCCAAGAAGAUCGCCACGAAGCCUAUUAUAGUGAUGGAUCCACGCGAGGCUUUGAUUCUCAGCUUGAAGCGCGAAGUGGGGGCACUUCAGACCGAAAACGAUCAUUUGAGGAUGACUCUUCAUCUCAGUAACGAGGCUCAAAAUAUGCUCCGCAGCGAAUCAAAAAGCGAAAGACUGAUACCCAUAACACCGCCGCCGGUGGACCUCGACAAGCUGGCCGAGAUGGAGAGCUCGGAGCUGAGCCAGCUGAUCCGCGCGUACAUCAACGAGAACGAGGCGCUGCGGCGCGAGAACGCGGAGCUCUACGCCACGCGGGACCAAGUGAUACGGGACCAGGAACUCGUUUGUCGGGAAAACGAGAGGCUGCUCAAGAAACUCGAGGACGUGAACUCGGUGUGCUGCCGAUCGCCUAUAAUACCAGCGCGACCGUCGUACUCGGCGGAAUUACUGUCGAACGCCAACAACGAGGACAUACCUGGUGCGACCAAUGUCUGGACGAAUCCGAACGCUGCUCCCAGUCCGGUGUAUUCUUUCUCAAAGCACACGCUCGGUAGCGGACUGUACAGAUCAGCCGGCAGCAUGCCGGAGAAGGUCCUUAAGGAGCUCGACAAGCGGAGGAUCGUCGGCAGUUACAACAACAUUGCCGAGGCCUACAAGGACAAGAGCAAUCACCGUCGGCACAAUUCGUGGGACAACGGCAAUCGGUCUAUGAUCAGUCCGGAACAGAGAAUCUCACCAGUGGAUAUAAAUCAUCAAGGUCAAAGGACGACCUUGCGGCGCACCUCGACGGUCCCUGAGGAGGGCAAGCCUCCGCCGACGAGGUCGAGGUCGAGCGACCUGCCGGCUGCGGACGGCUCCACCACCACCGCCACCGCCACCGCCACCACCAACGCUACCACGGGCGCGGCCGCCAAUGUCGCUACCGAGAUGCGCACCGAGCAGUCUAACGGCUCGCCCGACUCGAUCCUGAGCGGCCCUCUCGAGGAGGGCGGCAAUUCCGCCCCCGACUCCGCCGACUCGGCCCCCUCGAUCCCCUUCCCGCCGAUAUCGCACUCGCCCGCGCCCUUCGCGACGUCGGAACCGGAGCCGCGAGACCGGAGGUCGCGCCCGCGGCCCAGCGGGAAGGACAGGAGGCACGCCGGCGGGAAGGGCAAGGACGAGCAGCGGGCGUUCGGCAGCCCGGUCUCCGUCGACGACGACGACGACGAAGCGCGGUUUUGAGACACGCAGCUGUCCUCUCUCCCAAGGCCGAACAGGGACGUGCAGGCUCGUGAAAGACUCGUUCUCGCGGCGGGCGAAAAAGGACGAUCCCUUUUUUUUCCUCAUUCUACGAGAAACUUUGAGUGUCACCUAUUUGUACGCUGAUCAUGCGACUUACUCAUAUUUGUAAUUGUAAUAUGCCACGACUACACGUAUACACGUACACUUACGUCAGAUGCCCAGGUGGAGCAAGUCGUGGAUGACGUUGUAAGCGACCUCAGUGAAACUUUGAAGCGAUGAAUGAGGGUCUGAGCGGGAAGCAACGUAAUAGCCUACGACAAUGACGCAGAGCGUAAACGUAGAUUAGCGCACAAACUCUCGCGUAUGUCGUACCUACCUCCAAUUACGUGUGACGUUACAUUCACGCUUGCAUUUUUGCCGCAAGCUGUUACGUCGCGUUGUGCUCUGACCCUGAGUCCUGAUGACGUCAUGCCGUUGCAAGCUUCACGCGUUCCACCUGGGAGCCCCUCUCUUAGCGAAUAUAUACAAUAUACCGUCUCCGCCGUGAGCUACGGGAGAAAGAAACGGCGAGAGUUGUACAGAAUAAAAUAGAGAUAAAUUUAAGUGUAAGAGAAAUUUACCAAUUAAAGCGGAUUGAAAGCAAAA